UUUUCUAUUAAAAUGUCUGCUUCUCUCCAAGAGUCAGUUAUGUGGGCCAUACUAUCAAGUAGAAAUAGCUGCAAUAUGUGAUCAAGAACAGUUUGACUUCAUUACUGAAACUUGAUGGCCAAGCCUAAUUUUUCUUGUGAUCAUUGGGCAUGUAGUUCCUCUGAUACCUACACAAUGUGAUUAGUAUCACAGUCCUGGGCUUGAGACCUUUUUCUAGCAAUGAUGUCUGUGAUAGGAUUCCUAGUGAAUUUCUUUCCUUCAUGUUAACAAAAGAGGUUAACACAAUUCUAAAAUAUAGGAAUCAUAUGUAGAAUUGCUCCACUGAGUGUCAUUAAUUAUUGUGUGGAUUAGUGACAUGAAGGAAGAGAAAGAAAGUUUGGAAAGGUGGGGUGGAAAGUGAGUAGCAUUCAGUCAUUCAGUUUAGUCUUUUUGGUGGUUCUGGUGUUUGUCAAUAAUGGAGAAGUGUUUUUCAUACCAAAGUGAUUUUAUUUUUCUAACAAGUGCACUGUUUUUCAGAACAGCUUUAUGACAAACACUGCACUGAACAAUAACAUCAAUAUUUCUCUUCUGCACAAUUAAUGACCAAAUGUUAUGGUCACAGAAAGUGCUGUUUAUUUGACAACAGUUAUGACAAUAGAACAAAAAUCCUAUACAGAAAUAGGGAAGACAGCCCAUGCUUAUGACAGUCUUUUGGGAGAAUAAUCCAGUUGAGCAGCUCAUCACAUCUUUGACUUCAAUGGACUUGUGAUAAUUUACACCAGUUUAAAAUCUGUACUGUUGAUUUUUAUUUUAAGGUUUUUUAGUCUGGGAUUUUCAAAUGAGCCUGGGAAGUGCCUAUGUCUAUUCCUUUUCUAUUUUUAAAGCUUCCUAAAAUGUCAGCCCCCAGUACACAUCUUUACUUGUAAUGCCUUAAAAGCAAUUUUACUACAAUUUCAGUUUCAGGGAUAGCCGCAGAAGAAAAGCAUAUACAUGCAUUUGUUUCACAAAUAACAUUAAGUAUAGGACAGCAGAUUGCAAUAUUUUAUCAGAAUGCAAAGUUGUUUCUGAAAAGUUAAAAAUCUUUCAACUGGCAGCCACAAGAGGUGGCUAUUUUCCUACUUUUGUCUCAACAAAAGCGGGCGAUGACAAACUGAAAAGAAACUGAAAAUAAAAGGACAAUUCUGCCUUCUGUACUGUUAAAGAAAGAGACGAGACGGUAACGUACUGUAGCACCUGUUUGCUUGUUUUAUUUAUGUUCUGUAUUUUAUUUUUACUGGAUUUUCAAAAAAUACAUACCUAACAGUGCAUGAUAAGCAGUCAAGAAAUUCUCCGCUAGACGGAAGAUAUGCAUUUUUUUUUGUUUUUUGUUUUUGAUUGUUAGAAUAAAAUGUUGAAGUAGCUAAAAUACCAAAUCCUAUAAACAAUUACAACAUUUCAGUGGCCAGUGGCAAUGCUAUUGCUAUUACACAUUUUGAACUUUGUUGGAAUUAAUUAUGCCCUCAAUGGAGAAAGAAGCAUUGAAAACACAUCUUUUCCUAUAGCAACAAAUGGACAGCCAUUUCCGUGGAAUAAAUUAAGGCUCCCUGGUUGGAUCCUCCCAGUCCAUUAUGACCUUCUAAUUCACCCGAAUCUGUCUUCAUUAAUAUUCAUGGGAUCUGUGAAGAUUGAAGUCACUGUGGUACAUGAAACUAGCACCAUAGUCUUACAUAGCAAACAUCUGGAAAUCACCAGUGCAGCUAUUGAGGAGGAAAAUGGAAAGACCCAAGCAGAUUUAAAACAAAUGAAAGUUUUGGAAUACCCGCCCCAUGAGCAAAUUGCCUUUCUAUAUGCUGAACCAUUGCUGGUGGAUAAGAAGUAUUUCCUCUCUAUAAACUAUAUUGCCAAUCUUUCAGACGGUUUCUAUGGCUUUUAUAAAAGUACUUACAAAACUAAGGAUGGUCAAACAAGAUUGUUGGCUUCUACUCAUUUUGAACCUACUUCAGCCCGCAUGGCAUUCCCAUGUUUUGACGAACCAUCCUUUAAGGCAAAUUAUACAAUAAAGAUUCGGAGGGAUGGGCAACAUAGUGCACUAUCUAAUAUGCCAAAGGUAAAGACUCUAAAGCUAGACAACAACCUGUUUGAAGAUCACUUUGCAGAGAGUGUAAAAAUGAGCACCUACUUGGUAGCAUUUAUAGUUAGUGAUUUCCAGUCAGUCAGUCGUACAACUUCAUCUGGAAUUAAGGUGUCAGUAUAUGUCACUCCAGAGAAACUGAAUCAAGCUCAUUAUGCACUGGAAGCUGCCAUAAAGAUAUUGGAAUUCUAUGAGCAAUAUUUUGGUAUCUAUUACCCUCUCCCAAAACAAGAUCUUGUUGCUGUCCCUGACUUUCAGUCAGGAGCCAUGGAGAACUGGGGCCUGACCACAUACAGAGAGACUUCUCUGCUUUAUGAUCCUGAGACUUCUUCAGCUUCUGACAAACUUUGGGUUACCAUGGUGAUAGGACAUGAACUUGCUCAUCAGUGGUUCGGUAAUCUUGUUACCAUGGAAUGGUGGAAUGACAUCUGGCUGAAUGAAGGGUUUGCUCGAUACAUGGAAUUUAUAUCUGUUGAUGCCACAUACCCAGAGUUGCAAGUGAAUGAUUAUUUGUUAGGUACCUGCUUUGCAGCAAUGGGAAGAGACUCUAUGAACUCAUCCCGCCCCAUAUCUUCAAAAGCAGAAAACCCAACACAGAUCAAGGAAAUGUUUGAUACUGUGUCAUAUGACAAGGGGGCUUGCAUUCUGCACAUGCUGCGGAACUUUCUGACUGAAGAGGUGUUCCAGAAUGGAAUAAUUCAUUACUUAAAGAAACACAGUUAUAGUAAUGCAAAGAAUAAUGAUCUCUGGACCAGCUUGGCUAAUACAUGUUCAGAAGAGGACUUUACUUCUGGUAAAUUUUGUUACAGCAAAAGUCAGGUGGCUAAGAAUGCACAUAUCUAUUAUGUUGAUGAACGUUUUGAUAUCACAGAGAUAAUGAACACGUGGACACUCCAGAAAGGAAUUCCAUUGAUUAUUGUCGAACAAAAUCAGAAGAGAAUUAAAAUAAGACAGGAACGCUUCUUGAAAGGCAUUUUCCCACAUGAUCCUCAAUGGGCCUCAAUGCAGAUUGGCUUCCUCUGGCAUGUUCCCUUGACAUACAUCACAAGCCACUCCAAAACUAUUGGAAGACAUUUACUGAAGAAUCACUCAGAUACCAUAGAACUGGAAGAAGAUGUCAAUUGGGUAAAAUUCAAUGUGGACAUGAAUGGCUAUUACAUUGUGCACUACGAAGGGAAUGGAUGGGACACAAUCAUUAAACUGUUGAAUCAGAACCACACGCUCUUCAGCUACAAGGACCGAGCCAAUCUGAUCCACAAUGCAUUUCAGCUAGUCAGUGCAGGAAGGCUAUCACUGGAUAGAGCUCUUGAUCUGACGCAAUAUCUCCAACAUGAAUCCAGUAACAUAGUACUUCUGCAAGGCCUGGGUUACCUGGCAGGGAUCUAUCGCAUGAUGGAGAGAAGAAAUAUUUCCGAUGUCACAGAAAGCCUCAAGCGGUACAUCCUGCAGCAUUUUAAGCUGGUGAUUGACAGGCAGACCUGGAGUGAUGAGGGCUCCAUCUCCGAUAGAAUGCUACGUUCUGCUCUCCUCGAGCUUGCGUGUGAUCUGCAAUAUCCUCCCUGUUUCCAGAAGGCAAAUGAGCUUUUCAGCAAGUGGAUGGAAUCGGGUGGAAAUUUAACUAACGUUCCUUCUGAUGUCCUGGAGACUGUGUAUUCUGUUGGAUCUAAAACAGCUGAAGGCUGGAAUUUUCUUUUGGAGAGAUAUAAAGUGUCCAUGUCUGGUGCUGAACAGGGAAAGAUCUGUUCAGCUUUGGCAAGCUGCAAAGAUGGUGCAAAACUAACAAGGUUGCUGGAGCUUGCAAUGGAGGGACAUAUUAUCAAGACUCAAGAUCUGUCAUCAGUUAUCUAUAGUGUCAGCACAAAUCCAGCUGGACAACAUCUUGCAUGGAAGUUUGUAAAGAAAAAUUGGAGCAAACUGCUAGAAAAAUUUCCUCUGGGGUCCUUCUCAAUCAGAACGAUUAUAAUUGGAGCAACAGCACAGUUUUCUUCAAAACAAGAGCUGGAAGAGGUGAAGUUGUUUUUUGAAUCCGUAAAGGAGGAAGUGUCACAGCUGAGAGCACCCCAGAUUGCCGUGGAGAAUAUUGAGAAGAAUAUAAAAUGGCUGGAGAGAAAUUUAGUUACAUUAACAAAAUGGAUAUUAGAGAAUCUUAAGUAAAGCUGCUUGAGAUCAGAUGAAAGAGUGCAGUAUUACUGUGUGCUUUAAAAUAACACAAUUAAAAUCAAACUAGAUAUUUUUUCCUCUGAACAGGUGCAUAAUUGCUACAGUACUUUACUGAACAUCAGUCUUGUUGAAUUAUGCAGUUCAUUUAAUGAAAACCUUCCUGACAUCUGAUCAUUUAUUUUUAUGAAAUUUGGACUGCCAUGUUUACACUGGUUUUGCAUUUGUCUUUAUAUGUGGUUCUGUUUGGAUAUUUAGGUGUUUAAGCCAAUUGAAGGACUGUAGUUAUAGACUUGGCAGAGUGUGUGUAUGUGCAUGUGUGUGUGUUUUUGAUUUCACAAGAACCUUGUAAAAUUAACUUUGAAGUCCCACGGUGGGAUACAUAUGUAACUUAGGACUUCUACUAAAUUUCUUAACAGCUGCAUAGAACCUAGCCCUGCCACUGUGUGCCUUACUUAUUGUUCUUAGUCAGUGAUUUCCUCUGUUCCCUAAAAAAGCAGCUUUCCCCAGGUUUUGCCUUUGGCAGUUUAAGAAACAUAAAACAACUUCUAUCAAAGACAAAAUGCUGUGUAAGGGUCAUGAUAGAUGAAAACAACUUAGUUUCAUUUAAAAAAGCCUCACAAUAAGCAUAUAUCUAUGUUUUUAGAUUCCUCUAGCAUAGAAAUUGUAUGUCUCUUAGGCAAAUCCAAAAUCAAGGAUUUUUUUUAAGAGACCAAAAUAUUUCACAGGUGUGGGAUAAAUGUUUAGCUAAGAAACUGGAACAAAAUACUACUGUAUGUUUAGAUAAUAUUGGAGACUGUGACAUGAAACAAAUUGUAAUAAAAAAUCCAACAUUAAGCUUGACAUCCUCAGGGAAGCAAAUCUAGGACCCUUUUCGAAGGCUCUUGGUUGGCCCUCUUUCCUUCAAGGCCCAAGAUUUAAUGAGUGACUCCAAACCAUGUCAUACUGCUGUGCCAGGUGCACUGGGUAACAGAGAGGGUGGCCCAGAUCCUCAAAGGUAUUUGGGUGCCUAUCUCUCAUUGAAAUCCAUGGGAGUUAGGUGCCUAUUUACUUUGGAGGAUCUGGGCUUAUGUCCUGAACUGGGAUGUGUGUUCAUGGAGGAAAUUAGGAGAAAUAGUAGACUGUGAGGAUGGGGAAUCUGCAAUUGUCUAUGAUAAAGGGGAUCAUGUCUUGAUUCUCCAUGGGGCUUAAGUUAACACUCCAGAACACUCUGUCAGCACAUAUCUUAUACUUCACGCUGUGCAGCACUGGAGCAUGAGCAGUACACAGCGCUAUAGCAGCACAACUUUCAACCUGCCCUGGUCGAGCUGGGGAACUCCCAUGCACUGGGGACUCCUGUGACUCUCAUAUAGCAGCAUUGUCUGAAUGAGUCCUGGUCUCAGGUCUACUAUUUUACUGUUCGUUAUCUUAUGUUAAAACUAAUGGGACUUGUGAGCAGGCCCUGAGAAAAUAUCUCACGGUUUAACCCUGCCUUAUUUCAGUGGAAGUUGUGAGCAUUCAGCACUGUGUAGGAUUGGGCCCUCAAGAGUUUUAAUUUGGAGUUGGGCUUUUUUUUCCUCAAACACACAUUGUGGGAUGAGUUAAGGACAGAGGAUUAGCCUUACCUUUGAAUUUCUAGGCUUUCUAGGGCUUGACACUUAAGUAAAAUUCCAUUGACAACAGCUGCCGUGCUGAUCAUUUCUGUUCUAAAUAUGGGACUGCCAGGCUGAUCAGUGCAUCGAAAACUGCAUCGCUUAAAUAUCAAUAAAUUAUAACUGAUCUACUGUACCCGAGAGAGAAGCUUUGGAAGCAUUUCUGUGGCAGUGACUGGUUCCAUGGCUGCCACUAUUGCUGUCUGGCAGUAGGAGUACCUGGAAAACUCUUUAAAAUACCCACUAUUCACAUCAUUUGCAUUCCCUAGAUUUCACCCUUAUAUCGUUGCCAUGUAUUACCUCACAUUACACUCUGCUCAGCCAUAAGAGUUGGCUCACAGUGCUGAGUUGUGUGCAUUUGUCUCUGAGCUAUGCAGAAGGCUUUUGGAAUAGCUACUGAGUAAACACUGUUUGUUGAUCAAUAGCACUUUUGCUUUUCUUUUUUGUUUGUUUUUGUAGAACUCAGCAACCUUUAGGACUGUGCCUUUACACUGCAAAUCCCUGAGGCAAGGGGGGUGUCUUUCUUUUUGUACAAAGCCAACUACAUUGUUGUUCAAUAAAUAAAUAAAUUCAGUCUGA